UAGCUCCCACCACGAACCACGAUCCACUGGAGUAAAAGAAGCAUCCAAAAGUUCUUUUAGUCAUGGUAAAUGAUGCCUUCUCCACUUACCUUAAGGUCUACGGAGGAGGCAUCCUCACAUGCCAAUCUGAAAAGAUAAAUAGGAGAUAUCAAAGAAGAUGGUAAAACACCUCACCAUACUUCCUUCUUCAUUGUGACCUCUCCUUCAGCAAAGCCAUGAGCCCUGCAAUUAAGCUUCUUUCCUCUUUGGUUAUUGUCUUCCUUCUCCUCCUACAGGCUUUUGCAGAAGCAUCAACAGAAAAUGCCGUUCAUUCUCCGAGUAAUAUGACUGAAGGAGGUGAUCUAGCUGCACUUUACAGAUACUAUCGCCGACCCAAGAUCAAUUGCCAUUUUGCCUGUGCGAGGAGAUGCAGGAAAUCAUCAAGAAAGAAUGUAUGUACUCGAGCAUGCGGCACCUGUUGCAUGAGAUGCCGGUGUGUUCCUCCGGGUACUUAUGGCAACAAGAAAGCUUGUCCCUGCUAUGCCAGACUCAAGACCCAUGGACACAGGCCCAAAUGCCCUUGAAUCAUCUCUAGUUAAUGCUCUGUAAAGCUCUCUGUAGCUCUUCUGAUCUGCUAAGCUUUUGAAAUAUAUAUCUAUUUAGAAAGACUUGAUUACCAAACAGCCCCUUAGUAAGUUACCUACCAGUAUUACUGGCUUUGAUUGCUGUCUGUGUCGGUUUCAUGUAACUAGUAAAUGAGCCUAUGGGUAUGCUUUUGUUUGAGAGUCAAUAAGGUUCUGUCUUACACGCUUGUGUAAGGAGAUAAAAGGAUUUUUUGUUUGCCUCUAUUUUGUUUUAAUAUAAUUACACUGUCUUUAUAUAUA